AUGUCUGAAAAUGGAAUUUCAAGUGGAUUCUUGCAUAGGAAUGCUGACAACCUGCUCGUGCUGCAAAAAAGCGAGAGCUCAGAGGACGAUGACAGGAAACUGAAGAGACGAGAGAAAAACAGAGUUGCAGCUCAAAGGAGUCGGAAAAAACAGACACAGAAGGCCGAUGAACUGCAUGAGGAGUUUGAAUGUCUAGAGCAGGAGAACAGCCUGCUGAGGAAGGAGGUACAGACCUUAAGAGAGGAGCAGAGACGUCUGACUGAGGCCCUCAAGGCCCAUGAGCCGCUAUGUCCCAUCAUGCACUGUGCCAUCAACCUGGUGUCCAUCCCAAGGUCGGAGAUCAUGGCCAGCUGUCUGCCCAGAUAGAGCGAAAAUCCUGUCUGAAAACCUGCCUUUGCACUC